CCCCCCCCACCAUGGCAGAGGUGGCGGCUGAGGUGGCUGAGCUGCCCACACAGAUGUCGCCAGGGGCGGUGGAGACGUCAACACCGAUGUUCGGGGAGAUGUCAGCAGAGGUGACCGAGAUGACACCUGGGGAGGCGCUGGCCUCGUCCCUUUUCUUCCAGCAUCACCAGUUCAUGUGCUCUGAGUGUGGCAGUCUCUACAACACGCUGGAGGAAGUCCUCUCGCACCAGGAACAGCAUGUGCCCACUGUCACCGAGGACGAGGCACUGGCCGCCCAGGAUCCUGGCCUGGAGCCCGAGCUCAUGGCAGGGCCUGAGGAAGGGCCCUUCCAGUGUGGGGAGUGCAACCAGCUCAUCCUGUCCCCCGGCGAGCUCCUGGCCCACCAGGACGCCCACCUCCGGGAGUCUGCAAGCCAGAUCCAGUACCAGUGCGGGGACUGCCAGGAGCUCUUCCCCUCGCCUGAGCUGUGGGUGGCUCAUCGCAAGGCCCGGCACCUUUCUGCUGCAGCCACCGAGCCACCAGGGCCGCCCCCACUGCCCCCGCCGACGCCACCCCCGCCAACCCCCGCUCCACCCGAAGUUCAGAUGGAGCCCUACGAGUGUCCCGAGUGCUCUACCCUCUGUGCCACUCCUGAGGAGUUCUUGGAGCAUCAGGGCACCCACUUUGACUCCCUAGAGAAAGAAGAGCGCAACGGGCUAGAGGAGGAGGAGGAGGAGGAGGAGGAAGACACAGAGGAAGACACAGAGGAGGAAGAGGAGGUGGCGGCAGAGGUCGGUGAGGAUGCUACGGGAGGCGACAGGCCCACAGCCGGCCGGGCCCAGGGCUGUGCCGAUUGUCCCCAACCCUGGACGGCCGCGGAGGCGCGCCGGCGACACCGGCGGGCCUCCCGCGGCCCAGCAUCAGCGGCCCACCCCUUCCACUGCACCCAGUGCCAGCGCAGCUUCAGCUCGGCCAACCGGCUGCUGGCGCACGGGCGGGCCCACAUCGGGGGCACGCACGAGUGUACCACCUGCUCCAAGGUCUUCAAGAAGGCCGCCUCCCUGGAGCAGCACCUGCGGCUGCACCGCGGCGAAGCGCGCUACCUCUGCGUGGACUGCGGCCGCGGCUUCGGCACCGAGCUCACGUUGGUGGCUCACCGGCGGGCUCACACCGCCAACCCGCUGCAUCGCUGCCGCUGCGGCAAGACGUUCAGCAACAUGACCAAGUUCCUCUACCACCGGCGCACGCACGCCGGCAAGAGUGGGGCGCCCCCCUCGGCGGCGGCCUCCCCGGUGCCCGCCGAGUCCGCGCCGCCGCCGCCGCCGCCGCCGCCCGCCCCGCCCGCCCAGCUGCCCUGCCCGCAGUGCUCCAAGUCCUUCGCCUCGGCCUCCCGGCUCUCGCGGCACCGGCGCGCCGUCCACGGGCCCCCCGAGCGGCGGCACCGCUGCGGCGUGUGUGGCAAGGGCUUCAAGAAGCUGGUCCACGUGCGCAACCACCUGCGGACGCACACGGGCGAGCGGCCCUUCCAGUGCCACUCGUGUGGCAAGACGUUCGCUUCCCUAGCCAACCUCAGCCGCCACCAGCUGACGCACACGGGCGUGCGGCCCUACCAGUGCCUGGACUGCGGCAAGCGCUUCACGCAGAGCUCCAACCUGCAGCAGCACCGGAGGCUGCACCUGCGGCCCGUGGCCUUCGCGCGCGCGCCCCGCCUGCCCGGCCCCGGCCUGUACAACAAGAGCCCCUACUACUGCGGGACCUGCGGCCGCUGGUUCCACGCCCUGGCCGGCCUGCGGCUGCACCAGCGCGUCCACGCCCGCGCCCGCCCCGGGCCCCCGCCGCCGCCGCCGCGAUCCCCACCCCCCGCCCCCCCGCCGCCGCCGCCGCCCGAGCCUCAGCAGACUAUCAUGUGCACCGAGCUCGGGGAAACCAUCGCCAUCAUCGAGACGUCGCAGCCACUAGCGCUGGAGGACACGCUGCAGCUGUGCCAGGCAGCACUGGGGGCCAGUGAGGCGGGCGGGCUCCUGCAGUUGGACACGGCCUUCGUGUGACACGGCUGGGGAGCAGCAGUGAGAUGGCCGUUGUGGGCCUCUCUGGGGGACGAGGGGAG